AUGGCACCACUUACAGUAAUUACACUAAGUGGGGUUCUCUUAACCAAGCUCGGUAUUUUCACAAAACGCACAAAUGACACAAUAUCAAGAGCUUUAGCCAGAUUUUUGCUUCCUAUCUAUUUGUUUUUUAACCUUGUACAGACAGUCAAUCUCAACAAACUCGACGUUUUGUGGCCUAACUUUGUGAUGCCAGUAAUAGGUGUGCUCCUUUCUUUUAUCCCUGCAGUAAUCGAAAUCCUUCUGUUGAAGCAUCCUAAGAAUUUAAGAUAUUCCUUUAUCUGUCUGAUAGGGUUUAGUAACGCAGGGCUAUCUUUACUUAUUGCUGACGGUAACUGCAAUUCAUAUGGCCCGCUAUCUAAAAAAAAGGAAUGCUCAGAAAUAGGUGGCUACGUCGCAAUCCAGCUGAUGGUUUGAAGCUUGAUAAUAUUUACAUUUGGAUAUGCCUUGAUGAAUGCUGAUUUGAUGGAAGCAGAAAAAUGCAAGCCUAAAGAAGAUCCAAAAGAUAUGAAAGAGGUCGAAGAUAACGAUGAAAUGGAAGAAAAUGAUCCUGAGAAAAAUAGUUUGGAAAUGGCAAAAACACAGUCAAAUUUGGUACAAGUAAAAACAAGCUCAUUUAAAAGAGAUAUGAUAAGGAUUUUAACGGGACCAAUCCCUGUUUUUUCACUUCUUGGAGUCUUAGUUGGGUUUAUCCCUGGGCUGAAUGCUGUGUUUUAUGACUCUGAUGCCCCUUUACUUCCAGUCGCCGAAACAGGAUUAGUAAUUGGAAAAGCAGGAAUCGUUAUUGGACAAAUGAUUCUUGGUAGCAACUUAGUUCUAUCAGCUAGAGCUAAAGUAUCAUUAUCCAAGCCUUUAAUUUACUCCACCAUUCUAGUCAGAAAUAUCAUAAUCCCUGCAAUUGCUUUAGGGACCACAUAUAUCUUUUGGGUUCUAAAAGCAUUUGGUGACGACGUUGUGAUGGCUUUUAUUUUCGCAAUCAAUUUUGCAGCUCCUCCAUCAAUUUCAGUAUUAGUUUUAUCACAAAUUUUUAAUAACGGAAUUCAAGAAGUGACAAUGCUAAUUUUAUGGACAUAUGUGACUGGAGUCUUCACCUUGACAAUAUUUUCAUACCUAUUUUUCACAGUUUUCUUGUAA